GGCCAGUUUCGGUUCUAAACGUAGUCCCCAUGGACUUUAUUUCAAUGCUGGACAAGUGCGGAAACUACGGGAAGUUCCAGGUGGUGAUCCUCUUGCUCUAUGGCUACACAAAUAUUCUCGGAUCGCUGCACUAUUUCUCGCAAACUCUCAUCACCUUUACGCCCGAACAUUGGUGUGCCCACGAAGAUCUUAAGGGACUUGCGGCGGAGGAGCUGCGCUCGGUGUACGCGAACAUCUCGCAGCCCUCCUGCACGCUCCUCGAGGAUGUCAUCAAUGGAACGGGCGUUGCCGCGGCUCAUGGCGUCUGCACCGAAUGGAUAUUCAUGCGGGAGAGUGGCUACGAGAGCAUCACCACAGAGCUGAAUUGGGUCUGUGACAAAUCCCACCAGCCCGCCCUCGGCCAGUCCCUGUUCUUUCUGGGCUCUGUUGUGGGCACCCUGACCUUUGGCUUCCUCUCGGAUCACAUUGGUCGCCUGCCCUCCCUGGUGCUGGCCACCCUGUGCGGGGCGGCGGGUGACUUUAUGACAUCCUUUGUCUACACCUUGCCCUGGUUUGCCGUUUCCAGAUUCGUGUCGGGGCUUUCCACGGACACCAUGUACUAUCUGAUGUACAUCUUGGUGUUUGAGUACCUGAGUCCCAAAAGUCGCACCUUCGGCCUGAACAUCAUUCUCGCUGUCUUCUACUGCUUUGGCCUGAUGACAUCUCCCUGGGCCGCCAUCUGGAUUGGCAACUGGCGUCGCUACCUCUGGCUGGCCUCGCUGCCCGCUCUCGGGGUCCUCGUGUAUCCGCUGCUCAUCUGCGAGAGCGCCCAGUGGCUGCUCACGAAGAAGAAGUACGACGAGGCGGUGGCCUGCCUCAAGCGAGUGGCCAAAUUCAAUGGCAGACAGGUGGAGGACUCUGUUUUCGAUGAGUUCGUGAAGCACUACCGCGAGAAGACAAGGGAGGAGCAGAAAGUGAACAGCCAAGAGGACACUUUUCUGGGCAUGUUCAGGACACCGCGUCUUCGUCGGUUCACAUUGACGUUGCUGCUGAAGUCGGUCAUAAUCACUCUCUCCUGUGAUGUAAUCAACCGAAACAUGGAGGGCCUGGGCACGUCUCCCUUCAAGCUGUUUUCCUUGACUUCGAUUGCCUAUCUGCCGGCCGGAGUGGCCAUCCUGCUGCUGCAGAACAAGAUCGGACGCAAAGGCAUGGCCUGUGCUGCGCUCUUUGGGGGUGGCAUCAUCACCACGACGACGGGCUUCCUCAUAGCCUUCCUCGAUCCACAGCAGCAUGCCGUCCUGCUGGCCAUCAUGGUGGCCCUGGGUCGCUUCGGUGCCACCGUCUCCUACGAUGCUGAGAUCCAGUACGCGGCAGAGAUCAUCCCCACGAGCGUGCGGGGCAGAGCCCUCUCCAACAUCCAUGUAGCGGGCCUGGCCUCCAGCUCCCUGGCAUUCUACGUGAUUUACUUAUCGCAGUACUACAAACCACUGCCAUCGAUCUUCAUCAGCAUUCUGAUGUUCUUUGGGGCUGGCUUGUGCCUCACCCUGCCAGAGACAUUGGAUAAGAAACUGCCCGAAAACCUAGCAGAUGGCGAGAGCUUCGCGUUGGAUGAGAGUUUCCUGUACUUUCCCUGUUUUCACCGCAGACAAAAUACCAAACAAAAUGCCUAAAAUAUAUGACAGAACGAUGAGUUGUGGCUUU